GGCGCUAGUGAGCUCACCAGUACUCUGAUCUACCGCGUAGUGCGUUGAAGAAGCCGGACUGCGAGCUUCCGACAGCUGUCGGAGUUCAAGAUGACCGCAGCUCUGACCAAAAGAGCCAUAGGGGCUGUGGUAGGGUCAGCUGUGGCGGAUGCAGCAGCACAGCCUCUCCAUUGGGUGUAUGACCUCCAGAAGCUGCAGGGCAUUCUCGCUGAGAAUCCAAACCCUGAGUUUCGCAGCGAGUCAGCAAACCCUUUCUACAGGAGACAGACUGGACAGCAGAGCUGCUAUGGAGACCAGGCCUUCGUCCUGCUGGAGUCUCUGUCCGAGUGUGGAGGUUUAAAUGUUGAGGAUCUGAAGCAGCGAACACUCAAGUUUUUCGGCCCUGGAUCAGAGUAUGACACUCCUGUCAAUGACCCGUACAGAGAUAGAGCAGGCCCGAGACCUCAGUUGCCCAUAGAUGGACCCUGGAGACAUGGAAGUUUGAAGAGCUUCCUGAAGAACGUCGAUUUGGGCAAAGAGGAAACUGGAUGUGCCACUGACUGUCAGGUAGACGGAAUCGCCAAGCUGGCGCCGAUUGUGGCUUUUUAUGCGGGAAUGCCAGAGAUGCUGGAGAAGGUGGAGCAGGCCAUUCGAGUGACUCAGAAUAAUGAUGCGUGUGUCGCUGAGACUCUCGCAGCUGCCAGGUUCCUGGAGCAUUUCAUCCUGCAUGGUCCUGAUCCUAAAGCCCUUGAUGCUGUGCUGGAUCAGCUCAAUGACCCGAACAGAAAGCAGCCACAGGAUCUGGACAAAGCAGUGGCUGGUCAUAUUCGAGAGGUGCAGAAGAAUUUACAGAAAAGUCCUCAGGAGUUGAUCCCCGCUGUGUUUCCAAACACAUGAGGUUUGCCUGGUGCAUUCCAAGCAGCUCUUCAUGGAGUUCUGACGGCCAGUCAGUAUGAGCAGGCCAUCAGAGGCACCAUGAGCUGUGGUGGGUGCACCUGCAGCAGGGGGUCCUUCAUCGGGGCCUGUGUUGGGGCGCAGAUUGGAUUGGAGGGGAUUCCAUCUUCCUGGAAGUCCAAGACGCUGAGAUAUGACUUGGUGCUGAAGCAUGCUGAGAAGAUAACGCAGCACCACCAGUAGCUGGGCUCUGGCUGCUCAUUUGCUAAAGGUCCCAUAUUAUGCUCGAUCUACUCAAUUAAUAGCUGAUCCGGUCAAGAUCUUUUCCCCCAAUUUUUUGUGUGUGACCCUUCAAAGACCCCCGAUAGUUGCAUAAAAUGGGCCCUUCAAGGCAGAACAUUGUAGAAAGUUGUGGAGCUUUUCCAGAGUGAUUGAUGAAGGGCUUUGUCUAAACUGUUAAAGGGCAAGGUCCUGAUGUUUUCGUCUAUGGUGAAGUGAAACAUUCUUGCUCAUGGUCUGUCAUUGUGGUUUUCUGCAAUAAAAAAAAAUG